AUGAAAGAGUAUUCUGAAACAAGAGAUUAAAGUAAAUAUAGAGGUUCGAUUAAGAAUAAAAGAGUAAGAAUUGCCUAUCAGUGUUGGUUUAUAAAUUUAGGGAUAAUAUUACUGGCAUUAUCAAUAUCAUCUUAUUCAUCCUUUUAAUAUACAAUUGAAAAUUACAAAUAUGUCAUACUAAAUUGGAAUUAGUAACCAAUAGUUGAUAUAAAAAUAACGAAUGAAGGUUGUUCUUAAGAAGUAGUUUAUCUCUGUUAAGGAAAUAGGAAGAAGCUUUAGUUGAAUAUGUAUGGCCAGGAACAAUCGAUGGAUGUGAGUGUUAUGAAUAAAAAAGAGCAUUAUAAGAGAUAAAGAAUCAAUAAAAAGAAUAAAGUAAUAUUAUAGUAGGUUAGAAAUGCAAUUAAACUUAAUUGAAUAAAGGAUGUAAAACAAUUAACAGUUAGGACAUAAAACGAUUUAAUUUAUUUCCAAGUCCAAAUAAUAAAACAGGAUUCUAACUAUGUGCAAAAAGAGAAAUUGAUAAUAACUUUUAUUCAUGGAUUCCUAAGGGUAAAGAUUGUAAAGAUGGAUUAUUAAAAUGUGGAGAAAAUGAAGAUGAAUUUUAUUGCACAGCAGAAAAAUAGUGUCCAAUUAGAAGGAUUGGAUUAAAAGGUAAAAUAAAUUUGGAGAAUGAAGAAGAAGCAAAUUCUUUGGGUUUAGACACAUUAAUAUAUUCCAGAAAUUCAAGUGGAUAUUUACCAAUUGUUGAAUUUAGAAUAGGUUAAGGAGGUGUAUGUUUAAGAAAUAAUGAAUAUGGUAUUUCUGAUGGAAGAGAUGAUUAUCCACUUAUGAUCAUAAAAAGAAAAGAAUGUUAAUAUGAUACAAGGUUUGAAGAAGUAACUUUUACGACAGAAGAUGUUUUUUAUAAUAUUAAUGGUUUAUCUAAUUUAACUGAGACCUUAACAGGUUAUCAAAUAUCAAAAUAAGCUAAAUGGGGUAAAUAAUACAAAUUUUUUAUUUAGGAUUAUAUCAGAGAUCAUAUAUACCCUGGAAAAUGAAAUGUAGAGGAUAAGAAUUUAAUUAAUUCUUAUUACAAUAAAUUUAUUUAAAUGAAAUUUUUGAUGGAUUGACAUCUCAACUAAUUCUAUCUGUCUUUUUCUUUAUAAUUAUCUCUGUUUCAUUAAGUUCUAUUGCGUUUAUGAAUAUUUUGGGUAAGNAUAAAAAUUGA